UGAGUCCUCCCCUCCGCAGGGGGCGGCGGGCGCGGCCGCGGAGGGCUGUGCGGUGCCCCGCCGGAGCCGGGGUGCGGUGGGUCGGCUCGGGGUCGGCUGGGUUGGCCAUGGCGACGUUCCUGUCCGACGCAGGCGCCCGGCCGCGGCGGUUCGAAGCCAGCGCCGCAGAACGCAGGAAGUGGGUGGAAGUAUUUAAAGCAUGUGACGAAGACAACAAAGGCUACCUAAGCCGAGAGGACUUUAAGGUUGCGAUAGUAAUGCUGUUUGGGUACAAACCCUCCAAGAUAGAAGCGGAUUCUAUGAUAUCUUCAGUAAAUCCCAACACUUCUGGUAUAUCACUUGAGGGGUUUUUAAAUGUCGUAAAGAGAAAGAAGGAAGCCCAGCUGUAUCGGAACGAGAUAAGGCACAUCUUCACAGCUUUCGACGUGCACUAUCAUGGAUUUUUGACUCUGGAAGAUUUCAAAAGGGCGUUUAGCCAAGUGGCUGCCAAGCUUCCGGAGAGGACAGUGCUGGAAGUGUUCAGGGAGGUGGAUCAAGAUUCAGAUGGUCAUGUCAGCUUCCGAGACUUUGAGUACGCCAUGAACUACGGACAGGCAAAAUGAAGCUGGGAAGCCUGUUGAACCACUUUUGGCCGCUCUGGACAGCUCAGUGAAUUGUAAUCUAGUUGAAGGUCACACAGACCUUACUCUAGGAAGAGGGAAUGAUUCUGUGUACUUGUGAGUAAACUCUUACUUACAGUUCUUGAAUGCUGAGAUUGGACUAGAGGUGGGAAUCUACUGAGUCAGGCUGCUAUUGCCAGCCCUGCCGCCCGGCAGUUUGUUUUUGAUUGUGCUUGUUUGUUUGUUUUGGUUUUUUGGUUUGUUUUGUUUUCUUUCCACCCUUGUCAGCUAUAUAUCCUCCAUACUGUGAGUUGGAGGCUUUGCUCACUGGGCUUGGGUCCCUAGCCCUUCAUCAGCUCCAGCGAGGGUUAGCUUUGUUCUGUUAGUGGUGUCACUGUCCGUCAUUUGCUCACCUUUGGUUGAAUGUCAAGUUUAGGGUGGUACAAAAAUGAGCACGUGCCAGGAAAACAAAGACUUCUCCUAGGUAAUGUCCCUGGAGUGCAAAUCAGUGCACAGGGCACUGGAUGUACAAAACACAGGAAGCAGCUUGGACUAGGCAGCCAGCCCUUCUUUAUACAGAGAAAGCCAAAAUGCAGUUGGGGUCCUAAUGGGCAAAUGGGAGUGAUUUGGGGCCCCUUUAGGAUAGCCUGGGCCUGGGCUUCCUGCUUCAGAGAAGCUAGCGCUGAGCUGGCCAGCAACGCCCUGCUGCACAGUUCUGGUUCUAGGAACCCAUGCUGUGCACCUCACGCUUCAGCUAUCCUGAAGUGUUAGGAUCACCACAUCCCACCGUGCCCCUGGGCUCCAGUGACUGCUCUGCUGGACCAAAUCGAAACCCUGACCAUAUAACAUCUAUUCAAAAUAAUCCUGAAAUACUGAUAUUGUCAUUGUAAGUGUUCGGAAUUCACAUUAACAUUUGUUAAAAAAAAUUAAUGUAAAUUAAGUUUUUAAAGUGUUAAACAUUAAAAGAUCAAGUAAAAAUAUAAAUCUGUGUAGCAAACAUUAAAUAAGCUUCAUGCUCAUAUAAAUUAUUAGCAUAUAGCCUUAAGAAAAAUAAAAUUUUUAGCCGUGAUAAGCCGGCGGAACCUAAGGAGAUGGGAAAACUAAAUGUAAUUUGACUAAAAUGUAAUUUGGUCUCCUAAAUGGGCCCCUGAGGGGCACAGGGUAGAGAUGAACCAAUGGGUUCUCUACUGCUUGUGGUGGCGUGAGAGACUAGGCGAGGGGGAGGUAGGAGCGCUACUGUUUUCAUGAUUUUUUUUUCUGUGUCUCUAAAAUGAUCCCAAAACUGAGUUUGUUAAAAAUGUGAAAGGUUCACAAAAACUUUGACCCAAAAUUGACCUAAAAACGUUGACCCUGCCCAUAAGAUAUGCAGGGAUGAAGAUAGAGCAGAGAUUAAGAGAAUGUCCAAGCAAUGCCUGGCCAUGGGAGAGAGCCAACCCCUGACGCAAUUAACGACACUCUGCUGUGCUUGCAGACAGGAGCAUAACAUAGUUGUCCUCUGAGAAGCUCCACCCAUGAGUGGGUCAAAACAGAUGCUAAGACUCACAACCAAAUAUUAUGUAGAGCUCUGGGAGCCUUGUGGAAAAGUUGGGGGGAAGGAUUGAAGGAACCAGAGAGGCCAAGAACUCCACAAGAAGACCAACAGAGACAGCUAAACUGGGCCCGAUGGGGUAUACAGGGGCCGGAAGCACCAACCAAGGACCAUGCAUGGACUGGACCUAGGACCCCUACACAUGUAGCCGAUAGGUAGCUUAGUCCUCAUGUGGAUUCCCUAAUAAGGGGAGAAGGGGCGGUUUCUGACAUGACUCUUUUGCCUGCUUUUCAAUCACUUCCCUUUGGUGGGGCUGCCUUGUCUGGCCUCAGUGGAAGAGGCUGUGCUCAGUCCUGAUGCCACUUGAUGUGCCAGGGUGGAUUGGUGGUGAGCAGGUUCCCCUUUUCUGAGUAGUAGGGUAGAAAAGAUAAGGGGGAGAGAGAAGGAGGGUGGGACCAAGAGGAGAGGAGGGGAAGGGCUAUGAUUGGGAUAUGUGAAUAAAAAUAAAUAAAUAAAAACUGAAAA